AUGAAGCCGCUUUAUACCCAAAAUCAAAGUGUCGUUAGCAACGCCUUGGUGCUAACCGGCCACCAGCCUCCUUCAACGUCCUCGGUUUCACAUGCUGUUGUCAUCUAUGGUCAAACCGUUAAUUCAUCAAAGUCAUCCGCGGGCGCACAGGGGGACCACUUUAGGUCUCGUAGCAGCACAGGGCAAGGGAGCGGCGGCUCGGGAGGCGCCACCGCCACGGCUGCGUCUGGUCGGCAGCUGCCGCCACCGUCUGUGUCGCCGUCCACGUUUAGAAGCAGCAUUUCCUCACCGGCAUUGGGGCCACCGGCAUCUGCUGCGAGUGGUGGCGCUGCCGCCGCUCCGACGGCAGCGGCGACGGCGCCGCCACCGCCGCCGCCGCCAGGCUCUUUCGCGGACGACGAACUCCUCAUUCUCAAAGAGCAAAUCCUGAAGCUACAGCGAGCGCUGGAAAGCUUGGGCAGUGCCAGCUUGUAUAAUGGGGCGGUGUCCGCGGCCGGGGUGGAUGCGUUGCUACAGCAGGCUUGUGCACCUCUGGCGGCGGCGGCGGUGGCGCCAGGGACAUCAAUUCAAUCCGUGUUUGCCUCCGCGCACGACGCCGCGAUGACCUUUGCGCGGGCGAAGCUUCUGGAUCUGUUCAUUCGUAAGGCCCAUCAGCUGCUGCUGGAGUCGGCUCCUGAGUUGUGGUUGACGGCGCCGCCGCCGCCGCCACCGCCGCCCUUUUCCGUAUUGAACAAUGGUGGCGGCGCCGCAUCUCCUGCUGCACACAACUCCCGGAUACAGAGCGCCCCCGUGGCUCGCGGUCGCGGCGCCAACUCCGCAGGCCUACCGACGGCGGCGCAGCUGCCGCCGCCGGAAGCGGCCGCGGGGGCCCUGCCGCAGGCGUCGGCAUCGGCGUUGGCGGUCCAGGACCUUUCCCCGGCAGGUGUGCUGGUGGCGGCCAGCCGGCGGCUAAGUGAGCUGCAGGCCGUGCUGGCGGGGAGGACCGCCAGGAGCCGGGCCGCGGAGCAGCAGCUGGCGGACACACAGGCCAAGCUGGACUCGGCAAUGGCGGACAACACGCUGCUCCGCAACAUGGUUUCGGAGCUCCAGGCCAACAUCGCCAGACCUAGCUCCCGAGGCACACCGCGUCCUGGGAGCCCCUCCCUGCAGCCAUCGCGGCCCAGCACGCCCUCCUCCGCGCCCCCGCACGACCCCGCCCUCCUGCGGCAGAUCAGCGCCCUCACCUCGGACCUGGGGGUGCUGCGGAGCCGCCUGGACGCGACCCAGAAGCGCCUGGAAGCUUCCGAGACGGCGGCGGGGGAACUGCGGUGGCAGCUGCAGGAGGCCCAGACCACCAGCCGCAAGCCCACCACGAGCACCCGAGCCUGCCAGACACAGGGCCGUGGGGAGCCGGCGGUAGACGCCGUGGCGGAGGCGGCGGAGCUGCGGGCGCGUGUCGUACAGCUUGAUUCUGAGGCGGCGGAGGCGCGCAAGGCGCAACAGGCCCUGCAGGACCGGUUGACGGCAGCAGAGGCGGAGGUACGACGGCUGCAGUCCACCGCGGCAGCAGCGGAGGAUGUACGGCAAAAGCUUGACGUGGAGCGGCGGCUGGUUUCGGAGCUGCACUCGCAGCUGGCUCGGUCGUCCAAGGAGGCGGCGGAGGCGGCUGCUCGGCUUGCGGAGACGCGGUCGCGCGUGCUGGAUUUGGAGGGGCAGGUACGACAGCGCAGCGCCGCCGCGGCAGCGGAGGCGGCGGUGGUACGGGAGCUGCAGGGAAAGCUUGACGCCGCGGUGUCGCGGGAGGGGGCGGCGAGGCGGGAGGUGGAUGAAGCGGUGGCUGCACGGCGGCGCGCGGAGGGGGAUGCGGAGUCGCUGCGGCGGCGGCUAGCGGAGGCGGAGGCGGCGCUGGCGGCGGCGCGGCGGGAGGCGGCGGCGGCGGUGGAAAAGAGCGACCGGAAGCGGGCGGAGCUUGCAGCCAGGAUUUCCACAUUGGAUCAGGAGCAGCGGCGGCUGGCUGAGGAGCUAAGCGCAGCUAGGGGGGAGCUGGAGGCGGCGAGGGAGCUGGCCGCCAGGAGGGAGCGGGACGCGAACGCCAUGCGGGACGAAAAGUUUGAGGUGACAGAGGAGGCCUGUGCACGCCUCAGCAGCGCCCACCACGAACUGGAUGCUGAGCGGCGGCGGCUCGCUGAGGAGCUGGCAGCCACACAGAAGCUCCGAAACCAGCUGAUGGAUGACGCCCACGCGGUCAAGGCCCUGGGCACGCUGGUGCAGGCCAAGACGCUGAGGCUGGAUUUCGGCGGCGGUGGCGGCGGGGGGACGGUGGCGGCGGGGGGCGUGGGGCCUGGCGGUGGCGGCGGGGGAGUGCGCCCGGGCACGGGCGAUCCUGCCGCCACGGUGCGGCUGACCAACCUGGUGAAGGAGCAGCAGGAGAAGCUUCAGGAGCUGGCGGACAAGCUGGCCUCCAGGGAGGACCGCUGCGCCCGGCUGCAGGUGGCGCUGACGCAGGCGGAGGGGGAGGCGGCGGCGGCGGGGGCGGAGGCGGCGCAGCGGGGAGCACGGCUAGCGGAGACGCAGGUUGCUCUGGAGGCGGCACAGGCGGAGGUGGCCAAAGUCAAACAGCAGUUGGACGAGCUGGCUCGUCACGGCGAGUCUGUCAAGGGCCACAAUGCCGAGCUCCACAAGAUGGCGGAGCGGCUGCAGCGGGAGGGGGGGGCGGCGGCGGGGGAGGUGCGGGAGCUGCGGGCCCAGCUGGAGGCGGCCAACCAGCAGCUCUCCGCCGAGCGCUCCCACCGUCAGCGGCUGCUGGACGAGGUGGUGGCGCUGUCCGAGCAGCGGGACACGGCCGCCAGUGACGCCGCCACGAUGAAGGCCCAGCGCCGCUCCGAGUGCAGUCGGCUGGAGGAGCUGCAGGCGGCGCUACUGCUAGCAACUCAGAAGCUCACGAGGGCAGAACGAACCAUCACCGCCCAGGACGAACGCAUAGCUCUGCUGCUGGCGCGAGUCCGGGCUGCGGAGGAGAGGCUGCUGUCACUGGGCGUAUCGCCGCCGCCGUCGCCCGGCGGCGGCGGCGGCGGUGGCGGCGGCGACGCUGUCGAAGGUGCAAGCAGUGGCGGCGGCGACGCAUCAGCGCUGAUCCAGCGCGCAGGAUCCAUCAUGCAGACUGCGAGCAGUGGCAGUGGUGGCGGCGUGGGCGGGAGCAGUAGCACUGGCGGUAGCGGUCUGCAGCCGCCAGUGGGCAGCCUGAGUCGGGCGCCGGAGGCAGUGACGGCGCAGCAGCGAAUAAACCAGCUCAUAUCCGGCGGCGCACCGGCGCUGGGGUCCAUGGUGCAGGACAUGAUCAACAAGGUCCUGGCGGAAUCAGCGACGGGAGGUGGCGGCGGCGCCGCCGCUGCGGCCGCUUCAGCCGCCAGCGGCGCCGCCCGGGCGGGCCGCGGCAGUGCGCGCCCUGCCGCCGGCAGCGGCGGAAGGACCGUCUCAUCAACGUCCAGCGGUGCACAGAACUCCUCCUCCUCCUCCUCGCCUGCAUCUUUCUCCUCCUCAUCGUCCCCUUCCCAGCAGCAACAACAGCAGCAGCAGCAGAUGCUUAUGCGGCCCAGCUCGGCAUCGGUGGUCGGGCGGGUUCUGGAGCUAGGGACGUCAAACCUGCCGGGUUACGGCGGCAGGCAACAGGCAGCAGGCCAUGCGCAGCCGUACUCGCAUCCCAAUACGGCAGUGCAGCAGCAUGCCGCCAGUGGAUGGACAUCUGGCUUUGCCGGCGCCGGCGGCGGCGGUGCGCUGCGGCCGCAGUCCGCCUGGGCGCUCCGUGGUGCCGGCAGCGGCGGUGUCGGGAUGAGCGCGGCCGGUGGCGGCAACGGGCCCGGCGGCGGCGGAGGUGCGGGUGGUACCAGUCCAGCGUUUAUGCGAAGGGCGGCUUCUGGUCUGAACCAUGCCCUUACCGCCGCCGCUGGUGCUGCCGGUGGCGGCGGGUUGCAGGUGCUGCAGGAAGCCGAAGCACUUGCCAGCGCCGCCGCCGCGGCGGCGGCGGCAGCGGCAUCCGGUGGCGGCGGCAGCGGGGCGACCCCGCCGCCGCCGCCGCCACGCAGCGCGUCGCCGACAAAGAUGCUGUCAUCGGGACCGCCUGCCGGCAUCGGCGUCGGUGGCCUUACUAGCAGCGGCAGCGGCCGGAUAAGCAGCAGCGGCAGCGGCGGCGUGGGGACUCCCGUCCGGGGGCCCGGCGGCGGCCGCCCGGCUACUGCUGUGUCGAAAAAAACGGUAUUGCUAUUGUCCAUGAGUUCUCCAGUCUCGCAAUUGGAUGAAGUGCUUGCCGUGGAUGAGGACUGGCAGCCGGUCUGA